AUGAGAUCUUCAGAACCAAAGAAAAAGAUCAUUUACUUUACUGCACCUCAAGUGAAGCUAGAUGAUGAGCAGAUCGCAGAGCUUCGAGAGAUUUUCAGGUCUUUCGAUCGCAACAAUGAUGGAAGCCUAACACAGCUCGAGUUAGGAUCUCUAUUAAGGUCUCUCGGGCUAAAACCGAGCCCUGACCAGCUCGAAACCCUUAUUCAAAAGGCUGAUACAAACAGUAAUGGUCUCAUUGAGUUCUCGGAGUUUGUGGCCUUAGUGUCGCCGGAGUUUCUUCCGGCCAAGUCACCGUACAGUGAGGAGCAGCUGAGGCAACUGUUUAGGAUGUUUGAUAGAGAUGGAAAUGGAUUUAUCACCGCGGCCGAGUUGGCACAUUCUAUGGCUAAGUUGGGGCAUGCUCUCACCUCCGAGGAGUUGACCGGGAUGAUCAAGGAGGCCGAUACGGAUGGCGAUGGGAGGAUAAGUUUUCAGGAGUUCUCAAAUGCAAUCACAUCUGCUGCUUUUGAUAAUUCCUGGGCUUAAAUCUGUGCAUACAUAUAUAUACAUAUGGAAGAUUUUCCAAGUAUGAUUUUGUUUUUGGGUUUUUAAACACUACUAUAUAUCUCUGAUCUGUUAUUGGUUUAUGUUUCUGCCAAUACAAUUAAAAUUUUCAAAUAUCUAGACGUCUACUAUUGAAUUGUGGCAUAAAAAAGA